CACACACACACACACACCCCUAUCACAACUCUGCAUUUCCCACAAGGCCAGCACAGCUGCCACAUUUAACACCAACAUACUGUUGUAACACCAGACCAACAAGCAAGCAAGCAAGUCGCAGGAACGCUUGGGAACACCAAGCACACCCACAGAACCCUUCCUUCCUUCCCUCCCUCCCCCCUUUUCCUUCCUUCUUUCUCCCCUUUCCUUCCUUCUUUCUGUCCCCUCCCCCUGUGAAAGAUGACGGGCAGUUGUGGCAAGAACAGCAUGAGCUAUGCUGCUUGCGUUGGCAUUCGCGCCACGGAGCCCGUGAGGCCGCAGCCGACAGGAACACCACCGACAACACCACCGACAACUGUGCUGACAAGGCAGACGCAGCGUGUGAGCGCCGCCACCGCCUGGCACCAGCUCCUGCCGUUCUUGGACGCAGUCACGGAAUCCUGGGCCAAGCACGCAACCCAUACCUGUCAAGGCAGUGGUGAUGAUGCCGACUCAGCUUCCACGACAUCAAGCUCCGACUCGGACUCAGUCGCCUCCCUCUGCUUCCACCACCACGACCGCCACCACGACGCCCAAUCCCCAAAACACCAGGAACAGCAGGCAUGGGAGAAAACCAACAAAACGCUAAACUGCAACGCCGCCAACAAUGACAAAGUGGAUGAUGACGAUGAUGAUGACGUCGAUGAUGACGUCGGUUUGGAAGACGACAACCACGCACCUUUGCUCGGCGAACAGCGCCUGCGCCAGAGGAUUUCAGAAGGCCUGCUCACGGCUGCACUCCGCAAUGACCCGCGCUUUGCACCCGAGACCAAACUCCCCCGCCACACAUACGCAAGCUCAGUGACCAGCUGCAGCACACCCACCGAACAACACACUGAGGACGUGUGUGCGCUGACGGCGGAUGCGCUCCUGGUGCUGCAGUCGCAGCUGACGGAGGUACUUGGCGAUUCCCAAUGGGCACCGGCAGCGAUGAGCGGAGAAGGCUCGCCGUCCACACCGCUUGCUGAUGACGCCAACGCAGCGCAGCUGCAUGAGGAUGAUGAGGAUGCCGAGGAUGCUGAGGUGGAGGAGACAGCGCAACACAAGUUGUGGGAUCGGUGGGAUGAGGUGGGCGAGCGAUGGGAGGUGCAUGCGCUGAACCGCAAGCGCGGAUUCAACGUGUGCCGGUCAACACGCCGCAACAGCCACCUGCGACGCUUCGAGCGCACCGACAUCCGCGCAGCACGCUGCAAGAAGCACAAGAGCGCAUGGCUUGAGAAGAAGAAGGCGAGGAUUGCCACGAACAAGCUCGAGCACCCACACAAGGGCAUUUCUGCCCAGCGCAGGGAAUACGAUGCAUCGCUCAACUUUGGGUGGCAGCGGGGCCCAGCUACACAGCAGAACGAAGUCAACUGGGUGGAUGUGAUCCCGUACAACGGCGGCGUUGUUGAGCCAGUCGAGCGAGUGCAGCGCGAAUCACGUGCCAUCUAUCGCUACCAAGUGCCAGCCGCACGACCAACCACAGCCAUCACACGCAACACCGCCCCCGCAGGAGCGACACCACUAGAGCGGUUGCUUGUUGACCUCCAAUACAGGGACGCGCGACCAGAGGACUACGAGCUCCUGCUCCAGCUCGACGAAUCAGUCAAGCCAAAAACGCUGACUCGUGAUGCCUUGUCCAAGUUCCGUGACGUUGUGCCCAGCGUCCAAGUGCCAGCACCGGCACCAACAGCGGCCACCGUCGAGACCCCCACGAGUGACAACCGCAAUGGCAGUGGGCCCACGCCAACAUCUGGCUCGCCAACCAACACCAGCACAACUGCAAAGGGUGACAAUGACGCCCCUGCAGCGAGUGCGGAAGACGACGACAACAACAACAACAGCAAGAGCACGACCAGCAGCAAGGUGCGUAAGCGUGGCGUGGAGCCACGGCACGCUGCGGACGAAUGCCCCAUCUGCUUGGAGGCGAUGGGAGCGUCACAGGUUGUCAAGCAGCUGCCGUGUGGACAUGUGUUCCACUGCCACUGCAUUGAAGCUUGGCUGCUGAACUACGGCAUCACCUGCCCGCUCGACAACAUCUCGCUCGAGGACAUGCUCGAGUCUGCAUAAGCGCAGUGCGUGCGCCGUGUGUUGGCUCUGCCUCUGUGCAUAUGCGUGCGUGCAUGGUUCGUGUGCGUGUGUGCAUGAUUGUGUGUGUGUGUGUGUGCUGUGACUGUGUCCCUAUGUGUGUUUGUGUGUUUGCGUGUGUGUUACUAUGUGUAUUUGUGUGUUUGCGUGUUGGCUUCGAUCUUCAUCGAUCUUGUUGAAGUAUGUAUUGUCGUUGUCUCCCUGGCUGGCACAGGUGUAUGUUGGUGUUUGGUGUUUAUUUUGUUAUGUUACAGCUUCCGUAACCACCGUCGUAUACAACAGCAAUGCAAUCCGCACCAUCAGCGCAAACAAAAC